CAAUCCCAUUGACUGUCCACAUAAAAAUCAGAACAUUGACUCUGCUCUUUCCUCUGUUUCAUUGGUGCUCGCCUCUGUUCCAGCUCUGCCCAAUCUCAUUCUUACCGUUUUCGAUUUAGGAUUUUGUUUCUAUUUUUGGAAAGGGAAAUAUAUUCUAAUACGGUUGAUGUUCCCUCCCACGGGCUCCAACUGAAAGUGGAAAUGGCCGGACCCGCAUCUAGCCCCAUCGAACCCAGAAUCAGAGCCUCCGCUUCGUCACCAGAAGAAGAGAACUUCCGGAGAGAGACUGAGAAGAAGUAUCUCAAAGAUGUGGAAAUUGCUGUCCACCUUCCCGUUCGAGAUUGGGACCUUAACUGCAAGAAACCAACCUUCAGCCUCCUCCUCAUCUUCAUCUUGUGGGGAUCUUUCCGAACACUAUACCACUCUUCGACGAUUUUUAUCGCCGAUCUUCCCUCCACUUCCUCCCCUCGUCCGCAUAGCCUGGCCUCUCUGAAGACUCAAACAGCAGAGAGCCUUGCCCAGGAUCCUCGAUACUUAUCCUCUUUAAACAUCGACUGGGAUGAAAUCUCAAGAAUUAUCGAGAAGCUAAAUAAUUUAGACGAGUAUCCAGGAAUUGGACUGCUAAACUUUGAUGAGAAAGAAAUUGGCCAGUGGAAGCAACUGUUUCCAGAGACCGAGCAACUCAUCUUGCACCUAGAACGUGCUCCUGGAAACUUAACAUGGGAGAUGCUAUAUCCCGAAUGGAUAGAUGAAGAAGAAGAGUCGGUGAUUCCCUCUUGCCCUUCUCUUCCUCAACUUCAAGUUCCCCAUAAACCGAGGAUCGAUCUCAUUGCUGUGAAGCUUCCAUCAGGGAGAUCCUCGAGAGACGUGGCUCGAUUGCACUUGCAGCUCGAAGCUGCUCGACUCGCUGCAUCUUCCAAAAUUCAGCAUCAAAUUCAUGUGCUUCUCGUGACCGAUCACUUCCCGAUCCCGAAUCUCUUCUCAUGCAAGGAAUUAGUUGCUCGAGAGGGGAAUGCUUGGCUUUACAAGCCCGACCCGUUUAGGCUGCUAGAAAAGGUUCGGCUUCCCAUCGGAUCUUGUGAACUGGCCUUGCCUAUCGAGCCUGAAGGGCCAUUUUAUUCGGAGGGAUCAGGUCGAGAAGCCUAUGCUACAAUCCUUCACUCUGCCCAAGCUUAUGUCUGCGGGGCUAUUGUUGCAGCACAGAGCAUAAGAGCCACCGGCUCAAACAGGGACCUUGUGGCACUUGUCGAUGAAACAAUCAGCGAUGAUGACAGAGUAGGCCUGGAGGCUGCAGGCUGGAAAAUCUACACGAUUCAGAGGAUAAGGAACCCAAGGGCCCAGGAAGGGUCCUACAACGAGUGGAACUAUAGCAAGUUCCGCCUCUGGCAGCUGACUGACUAUGACAAGAUAGUCUUCAUCGACGCCGACCUCCUUGUCCUCAGGAACAUAGAUUUCCUCUUCGGAAUGCUUGAAAUCUCUGCCAGGGGAAACAAUGCCACGCUCUUCAACUCGGGGGUGAUGGUGAUCGAGCCCUGCAAUUGCACGUUCGAUCUAUUGAUGGAUCACAUCGACGAGAUUGUUUCCUACAAUGGAGGUGACCAAGGGUACUUGAACGAGAUGUUCACAUGGUGGCACCGGAUGCCGAGACGCAUGAACUUCUUGAAGCAUUUCUGGGAAGGAGACAGCGAGGAGAGCAAAAGGCGGAAGACCGACCUGUUUGGGGCGGACCCUCCCGCUCUAUACGUUAUCCACUACUUGGGACAUAAGCCAUGGCUUUGUUUCCGGGACUACGACUGUAACUGGAAUGUGGGAUUUUAUCGGGAAUUUGCAAGCGACGCAGCCCACAAGACAUGGUGGAAGGUCCAUGACUCGAUGCCCGGGAAUCUACAGAGGUAUUGCCUGCUCAGGACGAGGCAGAAGGCCGCCCUCGAGUGGGAUCGGAGGCAGGCCGAGAUGGCAAACUUCGAGGAUGGACAUUGGAGGAUGGAGAUCAAUGAUGACAGGUUGCGUACAUGUGUUGAGAACUUUUGCUCUUGGGAAAGCAUGCUGCUGCACUGGGGUGAGCAGAAUUGGGCUGACAAUUAAUAUCGCCAUUCAUCGCAAAUGAUGAUUGGAGAGAGAUUGUUUCAGAUUUCAAGUGUAAAUGAUGCCAUUGGCUGUCAUCUGUAUACACGAUGAUGCGUAUGAUUAUUACCCCUAAUCAUGAAAAAUAUCUCACGUGUGAAUCGUA